GUCUCUAGGCCCGAGCGGCGGCGGCGGCGGGGCGGCUUUCUCGUCAUGGCGGCCGCCGCCGAGCUGCAAAGCAAAUACCAGAAGCUUGCGCAGGAGUAUUCCAAGCUUCGAGCUCAGAAUCAUGUGUUGAAAAAGGGUGUUGUGGAUGAACAAGCAAACUCAGCAGCCCUGAAGGAGCAAUUAAAAAUGAAGGACCAGUCACUCAGAAAGCUGCAGCAGGAGAUGGACAGCUUGACCUUCCGAAAUCAACAGCUGGCCAAGAGGGUAGAGCUGCUUCAGGAUGAACUUGUGUUAAGUGAAUCUAAAGGCAAGAAGAACAAGAAAAGUGGUGAACCCGUCUCUCAAUUGAGUCAAGAACAAAAAAAUGUAUUUGAUGAAGAUCUUCAAAAGAAGAUAGAGGAAAAUGAGAGAUUGCACAUUCAGUUCUUUGAGGCGGAUGAGCAGCAUAAGCGCUUAGAAAUUGAGCUGCGGAAUAGACUUGAGGUCUUGGAGAUGGAGGCCGCCCAGCACCAAGCAGUCGUGGAUGGCCUAACCCGGAAGUACAUGGAUACGAUAGAAAAACUGCAGAGCGAUAAAGCCAAGUUAGAGAUCAAAUCUCAGACCUUAGAGCGAGAAGCCAAGGACUGCAGGGUCCGAAUGGAAGAAUGCCAACAGCAGCUAAAGCACCUUCAUAGUGACUUGAGCAGCAGAUUGGAUGAUUCUUUGCACAUCAUUAGGGAAAAAUUACCUUUCAACGACACAAAAUCCAUCCAUCACAAUGCUCUGAACGUGCCAUUCCACAAUAGACGGCGGCAGUUGAAGCUGCGUGACCUUGCUGGCCAAGCACUAACUUUCGUUCAAGAUUUAGUCACAGCCCUCCUGAAUUUCCACACCUACACAGAACAGCGGGUCCAGAUUUUCCCUAUAGAUUCAGCCACAGACACGAUAUCACCGUUAAAUCAGAAGUUCUCCCAGUACCUUCAUGAAAAUGCGUCCUACGUCCGUCCUCUAGAGGAAGGAAUGCUGCAGCUGUUUGAGAGCAUCACGGAAGACACGGUCACUGUGCUGGAAACAACUGUGAAACUGAAAUCUUUUUCUGACCACUUAACAUCUUACGUCUGCUUUCUCAGGAAGAUUCUUCCUUAUCAGUUCAAAAGUUUGGAAGAAGAGUGUGAAUCUUCUCUUUGCACAGCUGCGUUAAGAGCCAGGAACAUGGAGCUCCAAAAUGACAUGAAAAAGCUGACAGCGGUCUUUGAGAAGCUGCAUACGUACAUUAAUCUUCUUGCCUUGCCCAGCACAAAACCAGACAGACUGCUUCGAACAAAUUUCAGCUCAGUGUUCACGUACAUUGCUUCAACUCUUCAUGGAUUUCAUGAUGUCUUGCAAGAUAUGUACAAGCAUUAUAGCCAAAAAGCUGCCUUGGAGCAAGAGCUCCCCACUGCCACCCAGAAGCUCAUCACCACCAACGACUGCAUCUUAUCCUCUAUUGUAGCAUUAACAAAUGGAGCAGGCAAGGUUGCUUCAUUCUUCAGCAAUAAUUUAGACUGCUUCACUGCAUCGCUGAGCUAUGGGCCAAAGGGAGGAAUGGAGUUUAUCAGCCCUCUCUCAGCUGAGUGUAUGCUUCAGAACAAGAAAAAAGCAGCUGCCUUCAUGAAACUACUGAAGAAGCCGUGUCCUGAUUCAGUGCCUUACGAAGAGGCCUUGGCCAACCGCAGAGUUCUUCUGAGUUCCACCGAGAGCAGAGAAGGCCUCGCACAGCAGGUGCAGCAGAGUUUGGAGAAGAUUACAAAACUGGAGCAGGAGAAGGAGCACUGGAUGCUGGAGGCUCAACUUGCCAAAAUUCGGCUGGAGAAAGAAAAUAAAAAGGUUAUCAAGAACUCAGUGGGCAACCAGAGGAUUGAAACAACUCAGGAAAGUUUGCUCACAGCAGAAACAACUGAACGGGAAAAGGAGGAUUCUAUGGAAAAGGCUUCUAUGGAAGCAGUUACAAGCACAAGUCUGGUUGGGAUGCUGACAGUGACUACAGGAAAUGAAGAGAUUCCAGAAGCUGCUACCAGAGAAGACUUGAUAAAGAACCACUAUAUGGCGAGAAUAGUGGAGCUGACCUCUAAGUUACAGUUGGCUGACAGCAAGUCCGUACAUUUCCAUGCAGAGUGCCGAGCACUUGCAAAACGUCUCUCUCUAGCGGAUAAGUCUAAAGAGUCCACACUGGAAGAUAUGAGGCUAGCAAAGCAGAGCAUCACCAGAUUGCAGGAUGAAUUAGCAACGACCAAGAGAAGCUAUGAAGAUCAGUUAAGCAUGAUGAGCGACCACCUCUGCAGUAUGAACGAAACAUUAUCCAAACAACGAGAAGAAAUAGAUACAUUAAAGAUGGCUAGUAAGGGAAAUUCCAAGAAGAACAGAAGUCGAUAGUAUUGGUUGGCCAGCUGUCUUCCGGAUGACGCUGCUUCACAGAGACACAGACGCUGGACCUGGUAUUCAGCUAGCAAAUCCUCUCUUGGCUGGAUGUGGCCGCAGUGGUGGAGUUAACCCAUAUGUGUUUUCUUUGGUGUUGUGGGUGGGUAUGAGGCCACACUGACUUGGGUAGCUGGCAUCAUGCAGUGCGAAUGUGGCAUUGCCAGUAAAGUGGAUCGGAAAAUACUUGCUCUGUGGAUAAACUACAUAGGAAUUAACCAUGACUUUUUAUUGUAUACUUUGUAACUACCUUUCAUGUCCAUGUACAAACUUUUGAGAUUUUGUAUAUUUGAGUGCAUAUUUAGGCAAUCAGAUCUGCUAUUGAUGUGGUAGUUGUCUUUUCCUGCCCUAAGAGAUUGUUAUCCUGCCCGUCCCUCUUUCUGUGAGUAAAACUAAAACUAUGCUAACCACUGAGUUAAGAAUAUUCCUCAGCUGCAUCCUCCUGUGCCGUUGUUGUGAAAUGUAUUACAGAUUCCAGUCUUCUCUUCCAGUCUAGCUUAGAAGAUUGCCUGAGAGAGGCAGUCCCCGUACAUUUAUAUUGAAACAUUGAGUACAACUGUGACUAAUGCCACUUCAUAUUAACUGUUACAGCAAUUAAAAAGUGUACAAUAGUGGUCUUCUAAAAUCAAGUGUAGAAAGUGGGCCAAAGAAACGGCCUGUGCAAAAUCAGGCUGAAGAGUGGCAUUUUGGGCAUUCGUUUGUGUUAUUACUUUCCAUGCAGAUCUGAUAACAGUGAAAUACCCAGUAGUAUAUUUGAGAAAGAUGUAAAUAGGAAGGCCACUGAAAGGAAGAUUUCUUUUUCCACAAAAAGACAUUUUCACCUACAGAAGAGUGAGAUGACAUUCACAGUUGAGUAUCAGUUUCAGAUGAAGGUUGAUUAAUACAGACUAAGAAAUCACUGGAUUAGGAAAAGUCUGCACAGAAGGGCUGGUCCAGAUACUGAUAGGCCCAGAAGUAAGCCUAAAUGGGAAGUGAAAGGCAAAGUGCUUGGAUUUGGGAACUUUUCGGCAUUCACACAUAACAGGGUAACUGAUUUUCAUUGAGGGGUUGGUGUGGAGAUCCCUAUGCACCUUCAUGCUGGUUUCACCUCACUUACUCCAUGUGGUAACAUCGGUCUUUGCUCCUGAAAACUAGUAGUGUUUUCUGGUGGUAGAACGUAGCAUUAUCAGAGCCUGAGCCAAUCCUAAACUUUCGCAAAUUUGGGCCCUCGAGAUAUUGUUUGACUGCAACUUGAAGCAUUCUGAGCAGGCACAGGCAAUGGUGAGGAGUACUGGGAAUCCCAACAACAUGAGCAAGCUGCUCUCUUCUCGUCCCCUGCCUAGGCUGGUUGUUCCAGGGACAUUUUGGAAUUUAUUGAUUGAUGUCUUAGUAUUCUAAAUUUAUUCUUUGCACUUUUUCUUGUGAGCAGUUUGUUUACACCUAUGUGAAGUCUUCUCAGCACAGUAUUCCAUGAGAGAUUUCUGCCAUCUGUUUGCAAGAGGUUCUGCUACUGAAUAUUUUACACUGUUGCUCUGUGAGGGAAAGUAACUGCCCUAUAUUCAAGGGUUACUCAAUUGUAUCAACCAUGUCAAUGUGUAUGAUGAGCAUAAAAUAAAUAUACUGCCAACUUA